AUGCCGGGCCAAUCAGCGUCGCGUCGCGACCAGCUCUCCAGGCCCGGACCUCAGAUUCACAACUACCACUCACGAGGAGGAUAUGGUGUGGAAGCACAUGCGACAACUCGGAUUCUUGGGAUGGAGGAACCGGAUAUUCCAAAAAGGCCUAUAAGCCCGAAUUCGAUACCUGCGUCACGGCCACACUCCGUAGCCAACGACGGGAUACAAGACACAAACUCUCCAGAUGCGCCUUCUCUACCAUCAAGAAAACGGUCCAGCUCCACCCAGACAGCACGCAGGCCAUCUGAAGAGCCAGCUGCAAAAAGGCUGCGCACUGCAGAGGCAGAGGAAGCAAUCACAGUCACCGUCGAACCACCAAGCACCUCAUGGGACGAUCUCAUCACCGCCGUACCAUACUCGAAACCUCUCUUCGCCGAGCAGCCGCAAUACCUCCUCGAGCGGUCUGCUGCGUUGAUCCUAAACCACGUCGGAUUUGAUGGCGCAUCAAAAGAGGCCUUGGAGAGCAUAUGCGCCCAGGCUAGCGCAUAUGCCGACAAGUUCCUCUCCUACGUGACUGAAUCGAUGCUCUCCUGCCGCCGAGCCCAACCUAUACCUCUCGAUUACGAAUAUGCCCUUCGACGGCAUGGGCUCACAGACAGUCUACUCAGACCCCAUCUCAAACCUCCCGUCCCUCGAUCUAAGACCCAACUUGUCUUCGAAGCUCAAGAGCCAGAGAUACAAGACGUCCAAGUCAUCCCCGAACUUCUCGGCCAGGAGCUCAGUGGCGCGGUGGAUAAGCUCACGAAACCAUUUAUACCAAAGCAGUUCCCGGCUUUCCCCAGCAAACACACAUACAAAGCAACUGAGGUCAUGCCAGACCGGGAGACUGACCCGAGAAAGAUCCGAGAGAAGGCGACCGAGGCAUCAAGACACGGAGAAGAGGCUUUGCGACGCCUAGUUGGCGUUGGUAAGGUUGGAGACCAGAAGGGCGUCAGGAAGGCACUUUUCAAGAGCCCUGCGAAGAAGCACAGGCAUGAUCUGUGGGAUCUGGCUAUGCAAGAUCUCAAGUUAAACACUGUGCAAACCGCCGCCGCGAAGCCUGAGCUAGACGGGUCUGAGAGGGGUAUUUUAAUCGAUGCUGGAAGGAAAUACGGCAGGCAGUCUACAACAAUGGCCAAGAAUUAGUUUGCGUGGGAUGGGUUCGUGGGGAGCGAUUUUGGGAUUGUGGGUGGCGCUCUGGGAUUUGAAGCAUAGCGAGGCGUUCAGAGAAAGACUAAUAGGGAAUGUGACUGGUUACAAAGAUUCGAGGUGUCAGGAACGGAUGGCAAUGGGAUUCGGAAUGGGAAUUGUCAUCGGCGAUAUGGCUAU